AUGGAAGAAGAAAGAAGCUAUCAUGGCGUUGGCUGUAAUAGAAAAACCACCAGAAAAUGGCAUGAAAUUGAACGAGCCCUUACACAGGGGUUUUGUGGAGAGAGAGAACGUCGUUCUUUUGAAAACUGUGAAAGAAAUCUAGGAAGAAUUGAACAUUUGCUAUCACCCGACACAAACAAUGAACUCAAAAGCAGUUUGGCUCAACUGAAAACUCUAAUAGACGCAAAUUUCCAUCCUGGGGAAGACCGACGUUUCUCUGUCAGGCGCAUUAGUUCAGGGAGAAGAGGAAGACCCGCCAUUGAUGUUAGCAGAGAACACAUUGAAUUUCUGCUGAAGCAAGGCCAUACAAUAGCUAAAACUGCUGAAAUUCUGGGAUGCUCCUCAUCAUUUCUGUACAAGAAGUCAAAGUUGCUGGGUAUACCUGUUAGAAGUAUGCUGUCUGCAAUAGAUGAUGGUGAACUUGAACAACAUGUGAGGCAACUUCAGAGCCAAUAUCCUAAUUCUGGAAAUGAGAUGAUAAGAGCCCUGUUGCGCGCACAGGGUGUGCUUGUUACACGGUCCAUGGUGCGUGAGAUGUUGACACGGGUGAAUCCUACUGCUGCUGCAAGGAGAUGGAGCCGGACAAUAUUUGUGGCACAUUGA